AACAUGAACCUCAUCUACUUAGAAUGUGAAUGUAACGCUAGUGCCGCAGCCAGAAUAUAUCGAGAAAGGUACCCGAAUGCCGAUCGUCAUCCGGAUCACCGUGUUUUCGUCCAUGUACAUCAGGCGUAUUCGGAGGAACGACUACCUGAUAUCCAAAAACUUGGUGAAAGACCCCGAGGGGACUACAAUGACGGAAAAAGGAGGGGGCUCUUUUCUUGAAGGUCCCUAAGUCGUAUCGGUCCAGAAAAAUCGCUGAUGGUAAUCGAUUCCAUAAGGAAGUCGUGCGAGGAAGAAAACAUCUUCUAUAUUGCACAGUGGUGGACCCCCAAUCAUCCAGAUGGUGUUGAUGGUAUCGGAAGUUCUGCCGCGAUGUGCGUUCGUGAAAUUUGGCGGCUGGGAUUAAUCCGAACAAUUCCUCAGAGCACUCCCCGUGGUAGAUGCGAAAGAAAAUGCAAAGGGAUGCAACAUCUCUUCGUAGUGGCAAUGAAUCGAGCCGAUCGGAAAGAACUCGGUCCUCGACGAUUCGAGCCGCUCUGCGCUGGAUGCGGUCAAGUGGAAGGAGCUGGCACUGGGGAGCCCCUGCCCAGAGAUGGGAACAGUAUUCCAUGUGAGGCCAAAUCUGCGCCUUGUAAAGCUGCAGGCGGUGUGCCGGCUUGAAAUACUGUCCCGCUCUGCUGAGCACGCCAAUCUUCUUAGAGGCCAAUUUGGCCUUCUCUUCCAAGUGACCACGAAACUGCACGUCACUCGAUAUGUCGACUUCGAGGAUUCCGAUACUGGCUGAGGCAAGAAGGGGAGUGCCUUGAAACUGAGGAGAUACGACAAAGGGGUUCUUUUUAGCGGUAAACGCGCAAACUUGUGUCUUCUGAGGAUUAAACUGGACUAGAUUUAGUCGCCCCCAAUCCGAGACUUUGUUCAGCAAAGACUCCGCUUCAGACACAAGUUUGUUCCGGUACUCGGCGACGAUUUCCCGAGAAAUAUUGGCACGGUCGGUGUAUAGAGCAUCACUAGUGCUGUCAUCCGCAUAGCAAUGAAUGUUACCAGUUAGCAACAUAUCAUUGAUAUGCAGAAGAAACAGCGUUGGUGAUAGCACACAGCCUUGUAGAACACCAGCGUUAAUAGGCUUGUACCGCAUGAGCUGGCAGUUAAUAAUGGAUUUCAUUAUUUUGGAGAACAAGGUGAUGGCGACAGGCCUAUAGUUGGAUGGGUCUGAGCGGUCGCCUUUUUUAGGGAUCGGGUGGACAAAAGCUGUCUUCCAUGAAUUCGGGACUACGCCUUGGGAGUAGGAGCACCGGAAAAGACGCGUUAGGACUGGUGCCAACUCCGGAGCACACGUCCUCAGCACAAUUGGGGGGAUUCCGUCAGGCCUACUCGACUUCUGGAUGUCCAGGGAGAGGAGUGCUUUGCGAACCGAACGCUGUGAGAACAGCACAUCCGGCAUGGAGCUCUCACACUGCGGGAUGGUCGGCGGUGUUUUCCCUCCGUCAACAAGAGUCGAGUUGGACGCAAAAAGGGAGCCUAAAAGGUCGGCUUUGUCUUUUGCGGCUUGGGCCAGUGAGUCGUCUUCCCUGUGCAGAGAUGGUAGUGAUGGCUUACAGAAAUUCCCUUGGACAGCCUUGGCGAGAGACCAGAAUGCACGGGUUCCCGAAGGAAGGCGAACUAGUUUCUCGCCAAUUCUGCCUAUGUGCUCUGACUUUGCCUUGGCAAUAACUCUUUUGAAAGACCUGGAGGCGAAGUUAUAUUUCUUUUUAAGUGAGCUGGUGUUUCCAUCCCGAGUCGCCGAAGCCGCAGCCCAGGCUUGAUAACACUCCUGCUUACUGCGUAAUGCAGUCUUACAGGAGCGAUCAAACCAAGGCUGAGAUCUGCCUCAGAUGGGUACUAAAUAGUUCCAUUCCCUGUAGUACCACAUCAGUGACAGAGUCAUCAACAGCGCUGGGAUCAUCCGGCGAGAAGCAAAUCCGCCCCCAUGGGUAGGAUGCAAAGAAAUACCUGCAUUCCGUCCCAAUUCGCCGACCUGUAAUGCCAAACACGGCGGCAACCUGCAGAACGCAACCGCGAGGGGAGCGUGAGUGGCACCACACUGCGGAUCACACAAUGGUCCGAAGAGCCGAGAGGGGCAUCGACGGAAACCUGAUAUCCCUCCGAAUGAGAGGUCAGCAGAAGGUCCAACAGGGAAGGUGUAUGAUCCUCCACAUCUGGAAUCCGCGUAGGCGAAGUAACCAGUUGUGUCAGACCAUAUGCCAAGGCAGAGUCCUAAACAGAUCUCCCCGCAUGAUCGGUUAAACGUGAACCGAACCAUUCGGCGUGGUGGGCGUUAAAGUCGCCAAGGAUCACGAUCUCUGCGGAUGGGAGCUGUUGUAGCAAGGAAUCUGUAGCCAUUUGGACGUGGUCGAUGAGUCGGUCUGUUUCGGCAUUUCCGCUAUGGGACCUAUAGAGGCACCCGUAGACGCGCGGAUGGUCGUCGCUGUUUACGCGUAGCCAAAGGAUGGACAAGUCCGAACUUUCAAGACUGCCGAGGCGUCGAGAACAGAUGUCCAUACACGCAAACUCCAGCCCGAGGCACAAAGGAGUGCUCCAAUUUAUACCCCGGGCAGGAGAGAUACGAAGUAUCAGCCGGAGGGACACCUGCGUCUCGGUCAGAAAGACCAAGGCCGGCUUCGCCGUCUCGAGAUGGUAGUGGACGGCGUUUAGGUUUGAGUGAAGUCCCCUGAUGUUGCAGAAAUUCACGGAUAGCGUGGCAGGGGUCGCCUUGGUCUUGUUGCUCAGUUUGCCUAGAGCAGUUAUUGUGUUGAGCGGAAUUUUGCCCCCCCCCCCCCCCCCCAGAAUACGCGGGGCAGGCUGAGCACCCACGCUCAGGAGUGGAAUAGCAUGGUCGUGGAUGCUCAGCGAGGGAUUCUCCAGGGGUGCUGGUACCCUCCUGAGGUAGUCUUUCAUGUAAUUCCGCUACCAUGUUGAUGGGGGGGGGGGGGGCUCCGGCCACCUGCACUCACCAGACGAAACGCAGAAGCAGAGCUUCCACUUCACGCCGGUAUUCUGUGAGGUCGUGGUACCAACCCGGCUCGAGCCGGCUCAUAAGUGCAACAGCAAAAACUGCCGCGUGGCUUUACCACCGUUAUUAUACUAUGAAGUUGUUGUUAAAUUUGUGUGAUAACAGACAUAUUAUACAUUAUAUAUGUGAUAUAUUUUAUUAUGAUGGCAUUAUUUAAUAAUAUAUAUCAUGUAUAAAUUUCAGGCUCAUGUUUGUAUUGAACAAACUGUUAUAGACCUACUGAAUGAAGACAUAAGUGUUCAUGUAUUGGCUGAUGGUGUUUCUUCUAGGUCAUUGAUGGACAGAGGGUUAGCUCUGCAGCGUUUUCAAUCCAUCGGAUGUUUUGUGGGUACAUCAGAAAAUGUUUUAUUCAAAUUACUGAAAGAUAAAAAUAAUCCAGCUUUCAAGGAGGUAUCAAAAUUAAACUUAAAACCAACACCAGAUGAGUUUGGUAUGAGUUCGUAGAUUUCUUAUUAUUUUUUGUCUCAAAUAACAAUCCGGGGAAUUCAGAACUUCAGGAUUUUUUUUACAAAGACUUUGUAAAGAAUAUUUUUGGGUUAUUGGUAAUAAAAUAAUUUAUAUCCAAACAGUUAUAAAUCAAUAUUGGUUUUUUAUAUUAAUAUUGUUGAUUCAAUAUUGUGAUAUAAUGAUGGUAGUGCUAUCAAAUAAAAUUGCAUUUUAUUUAUUGUAUUACGUGUAAAUAUAUUAUAGAACUUUUAAAUGU